GCCAGUGGAGGGAGUGUUUUCUGCUCAUUUCAACACACGGAUGUUCGCACGAACUUUCCCUGACAACCAUCAAAAACACAAGACAAAACCCCGAGAGCGUUUCCACGAACAUUGCGAGACUGUGUCGUGUCGUUUCGUUUGUGUUGUAUGACAGCAGAAGAUUGAGCUCGAGGCGGGAUUUCUCCUCAGAAAGUUCAGUUUAGUUCAGGAUGGCUUCUCGUAAAAAGGUUCUCCUGAAGGUGAUUAUUCUUGGGGAUUCUGGUGUUGGAAAGACUUCGCUGAUGAACCAAUAUGUCAAUAAGAAAUUCAGCAAUCAGUAUAAAGCCACGAUCGGUGCUGACUUUCUUACCAAGGAGGUGAUGGUGGACGACAGGCUGGUGACAAUGCAGAUUUGGGACACAGCAGGACAGGAGCGGUUUCAGUCUUUGGGCGUGGCUUUUUAUCGUGGAGCGGACUGCUGCGUGCUGGUGUACGAUGUGACUGCGCCGAACACCUUCAAAACCCUGGACAGCUGGAGGGAUGAGUUCCUCAUUCAGGCCAGCCCACGCGACCCAGAGAACUUCCCUUUUGUAGUGCUUGGCAACAAGAUCGAUUUGGAGAACAGACAGGUGACUACAAAGCGAGCACAGGCGUGGUGUCAGAGCAAAAGUGACAUUCCAUACUUUGAAACCAGUGCAAAAGAGGCCAUCAACGUGGACCAGGCUUUCCAAACCAUCGCUCGUAAUGCCCUUAAACAGGAGUCUGAAGUGGAGACGUAUGACUUCCCGGACCAGAUUAAACUGCGAGAGGAAGGAACCGUGUCCUCCGGCGACAGCUGCAGCUGCUGAAAAGACACGCGGAGAACGAGGGGACCCGAGAUGCAGAGAGCGGGCGGGAGAGGCCAGCGCACAGGGCGGACCGAUUCCUCCGGUGCAGAACAUCCAGCAUUAAAAAGAAAACACUUUCUCCAAACGUCUAUGUAAAGAACUGUUAGGAAUUUAAAGAACCUCCCUGCCACAGCAUCAGUUUUAAUAUAACUACCUUUAAGGAUAUUUCUAUGAGAGUAAUGAAACGUGAUAGUUGUUCUAUUAUUUACAAAUGAUUGUUUUUCUUUAUUUUGCUGAUUGUUGUUUAUCUAUAGUGUAUUCUCUCAUCUUCCCAUAUUACAACAGCCCUUCAGUUCA